UGCAAAAGUUCAGAGGGUGGAGAAAAGUGGAGCAACCGAACAACCUUGUUAAAUGACACUUGGUGCGUUAUGGUUCGGAUAACGAUUUUGUACAAUUACAAUCAGUAUUCUCGUACGUAAUUGUACAUAGUUACGUCGACAAUCUGCAAUAUCUGUGUUUUUUUAAUGAAAUGAACAUAAUGCUAAGAUACAUUUCUCUUGUUACAAUAGUCAUUGUAACCUGUCUGUCACAAUCAGAGGCGCAAUAUGAUGACAAAAGAUGCAAGUGCAUCUGUCCGAGUCUUUCUUCCGUUACGAAUACAACGCAAUCGUCUAUGGAACGCCUGGCGUAUAUUAUAAAUGUUCCACCAUUGCAAUGUAAGUGCGAAAAUGUUGUCCUACCAAAACUUGGAGAGCAAAUAAAAGGCAAGGAGGAAGUAUUUUGUUCUCGAUGUGACUGUAAAUAUGAAAACAGGAACACGACUAUCAUUAAGAUUGUGGUGAUAAUAGUUAUAUGGGUUAUUUCAUUGUUAGUAAUUUAUAUGCUGUUCUUAAUUUGUUUGGAUCCACUGCUUAAUAAACGGAUACAUAAGGCUUCAGCAAAUAUUGGUUACCAUGAACAUAAUAAUGAAGAGGAUGAUUCGUCUAUUGCACCUGGUACGUCUCAUCCAAUGGGAGAAAGAGGCAACGUUUUGAACCGUGUUGGACAUCAGCAAGACAAAUGGAAACGACAAGUGCGUGAGCAAAGACGAAAUAUUUAUGACCGUCAUACCAUGCUGAAUUGAGUUGAACACAUUUUGUUGCCACACGAAUAAUGUUGUAAAAGUUAAACAUAAUAUGAAACUUGUAGCUAUGAUUACUAUUUCUUUAAUUGCUUUGAAGUGCAAAUAGAGUUUGUAUCGACAAAGAUAUACUACUGCACUAAGAUAAUAAGAAAUUAUUAAACAUCAGUAGUUUGUGCGAAAAGCUUACUUUUGUAAAAUGUCUGACCGACUAUAUCAUGUCAUGGCUGAUAUAUUAUAAUAUUAAACCACACAAAUCUAUAUAUGUAAAAAUUUUAUAAGUUAUUUUUUAGUAUAUUAUAUAAUAAAAUGUAUAUUAAUUGAGCGCAUUCCAAAAUGUAUAUUUAUUUUUGCAUCAGGAAUAUUCAUAAGUAAAUAUAAGUUUAACGUUUGUUAAUAUAUAUCCAGUUAUGUAUAUCCACAACGUCGAUUAAAUAUAAUAAUAAAAUAAAUUCUCCAA